GUCGCGGACGGUCCACGAUACUGCAGAAGACGUCGCGGGUGAGUGUAACUCUUCGCUGGACUGCAACAGAGGGAGGACAGACUCCAACAGGUUUGUUUUCGUUCUGGGUGACAGUGCUCAUGGCAGUUAGCGGUGACCUGAUGUUUUUUCUGGCAGUAUUCGUGGCUACCUGGACCUCGUAGUUGUCAACUAAUGGAUCCGUGAUUGGCGUUUCGUCAGAGAUUUUCCAGUUAAAUAGUUAAUCACAUCUUGCGAUGUCUCGGGGGAAGCCCGCCCAAACCGAUCAAGGCUGUCCCUAUCGAAUGGGGUGUCCUUCACCGACCUCCACCCCCGAGGAACUAGAGAGGAGGGCCAUCAUCCAGAGAAAUGACCUGCUGCUACACGAAGCAGUCAUCAAGAACGACACCGAGGGUGUCAGGAAGAUACUCAAGGAGCCUGUAGAUAUUAACUGUAGGAAUAAUUAUGGAAGAGCACCCCUACACUGGGCUUCGGCUAGGGGUAACUUAGAUAUAAUGGAAAUGCUUAUUGCAGCUAACUGUGAUAUCGAAGCUAGAGAUAAGUACGGAAUGCGUCCUCUCCAGAUGGCGGCCUGGCAUGGUCAUCCACUAGCCGUCCAAAUGCUCAUUAACUUAGGUGCCUGCUCACACGCCACUACUAAGGCACAAUACACGUUGCUGAUGUGUGCCGCACGGAACAACCGGGUAGAGGUUGUGGACUUCCUGUUGGACACUUUGGAGGACGUCAAAAUUGACGCCGUCGACGCAGACGGACAGACAGCGCUUUUCCAUGCCGCCCUCUUUGGUAAUGCUGCGGUCGUGAGGAGACUCAUCGAAGUGGGGGCGCAGCUGGAUAGAAAGAACAAGGAAUCGAAAACGGCCCUCCACAUGGCCUGUCAAAGGGGUCACUGCGAAGUAGCCCAACUCCUCUUGGCUCACGAGGCUGAUAUGGAAUCUAGAGAUGAAGAAGGAAAUACACCUCUUCAUGUAGCUGCUCAGAAUCAGCAAACGGAACUGGUCCACAUGCUAUUAGACUCUGGAGCAGACCCAGACAGUGAAAACUUGAAGGGGUCAACAGCGUUACACAUAGCAUGCAGCUUAGGAUGUAAAGGGAUAUUAGAAUUGCUUAUACAGCACAACGCCAUGCUGAACAAGCAGAAUAAGUGUGGAAGUACACCUCUCCACAUGGCAUGCCAAUCCAACGAAGUGGACGUCGUGGACACGCUAAUAGGUCGAGGAGCAGAACUGAAUUGCCUAAACGCGAGGCUUCAGUCGCCCAUCCAUAUCGCUGCUGAGAUGGGCCAUACGGAGAUAUGCAAGCUGCUGCUUGCCGCAGGAGCCGACAUAGAGCAACGGGAACAGGGGGGCAGAACGCCGUUGUAUAUCGCCGCCAGAGGGAGCUUCACAGCCAUAGUGGAUAUGAUUAUAAAAACUGCGCGGUUGGAUUAUCCUUCUCACGAAGAACAAACCAAUAGUGGGAGAAGGGAGAGUCUUAGACCUAAGCUAAGUCGAAAAUGGAGGACCAACUCCAAGGAUGAUGGAAAGGGGAAGGAAUCUGAAAGGCUGAGGGAGGUCCUCUACAAGCUGGCCUACAAACACUUGAGCCACGGCGAGUGGAAGAGGCUAGCCAGUCACUGGGCUUUCACCGAGGACCAGAUAAAAGCUAUAGAGCACCAGUAUAAUGUGCGUUUUAAAGAAGGAUAUCAGAAGGAAAACAAAGUAUAUAUUACAGGUCCGUCUAGUUACAAAGAACAUGGUUUCCGAAUGAUGUUGAUAUGGGCACACGGCUUAGCACCCGACGUUAAUCCAGUUAAAGAAUUAUAUGAGAGUUUAGUGGCCAUAGGAAGACGACCGUUAGCAGAUGCUCUUCGGAAGAAGAUAGACCAGGAGAAUGAAGCGAGGAGGAAGGGACACAAGCAGAGAUGUCGCCACUGUAGCAUAAGUUAGAAACGGAGUCUUAUGAUUAGAAUACUUGUAUAUGAAAAUAACGCAUAUCUACAAAACCCGUGGUACACUGUACAAUCCAAGUGGUGUGCAAUUCCGUAUAGCAUCGAUGCAAGAUGAAUUCUAUCGAGACUAGCAACUUAUAGUAGAAUAGUAAUAAUAAUAUUUUUAUUUUUUGUUACAGUUUAACAUUUGUCCGAACAAAGUUGCUGCUUUUUAUUAUUUUUUAAUUUUGUAGUAGAUAUUAGUAACGUUUUAUAAAUGUUGAACAAUUUUUAGUUAUCGAUAUUUUGCUAAUAUUUAUAUAUCUUCUGAUGUUAGAAUUGUUAGUGUCGAGUUCUCUUCCGAAAACAAACCAAGCGGAAAAAUCUUAGUUUAGAUAAACCCAUAAAUAAUAUUUUCUACAUUAUUUAUUAAUGUUGAUUAAUAGUUCAUUCAUCAUAUGUAAAUCUUUCUCUUUGCAAUCCAGAUUUAUAGAAUUUAGAACCAUAAACUGACAGAAAAAUAAGUAGAUAUACAUAUUAAAAGUUAUAGUUCAUCUUAAAAAAUAGCCUCUUAAGAAGUCUAAUGAGAAUAUACAGGGUGGUCCGUAUUUCAUGGCUCAUCAUUGCUAUCUGGGAGACCGUAAACAGAUCAAAGAUAUAUAUCUGCUGCCGGUCCUGAAAUAUUGUGAAAAAACUGAAUAUAGCGAUUUUAGACAAUCCCUGGCGUCCUUAUUUCACAACAGAAAGAAUUGAAAUUUGGUACUAGGGGAUAAGAAGAUACGGGAAAUCCAUUUUCGUCAAAAGAACAUUUCUACGACCACUAGUUUCAGUUAUUCAACAUUCAGUUGUUUUUUUUUUCUUAUGGGCGCCAUAUUGGAUCCUGACAGUAACAUAUAGAGGAUAAAAAUACGAACACGUCAACUAUUUACUACUAUU